AUGGCUGGAAUAUGUCAAGACUGUAUGACAGGACACGUCCUGCCUGGUGAGCCCAAAGGAACAACGUCAAACGUGGACGGAGCCUACUUUACCUCGGCUCCCGCAUCAGCACCGACGAGUGAACAACAAAACGAGGCAGAAGUAGGUAGAAAGACGGCGUUGGUACUCCUCACAGACAUGUUCGGGCUCGCGCUCUCCAAUCCCCGGAUCCUCGCAGACCGCUUUGCAGAGCGUCUCGGGUGCGACGUCUAUGUCCCCGACCUGUUUGAAGGCCAUCCGCCCAUUGAUGCCGACCAACUGCAGCCGUAUACACCCGACGUGCCCAAUACGCACUAUAGUCUGUGGAAUAGACUCACUUACUACCUUUUGUGGAUCCCAAAACUUCCGUCUUUGUGGGCAAAUCGACCGAGUGUAGGACGGGCAAAGGCAGAGCAGUUUAUCCAAGAUUUGAAAGACAAGAAGGGCUACACAGACAUUGGCGUAAUAGGGUACUGCUACGGUGGUGGAAUAGCAGUCGGACUUGCGACCAAAAAGGGUUUUGUCAACGUCCUCGUCGCUUGUCACCCAGGACCAAUCACGGAGUCUGAAUUUCCCCACGUCUUGACGCCAUUGGCCAUGUUCUGCUCACAAGAGGAUCCAUGGGUCACCCCACCCAAACGCGCGCGUGCAGAGGCCGCUCUGGCAAAGCUGGAUACAGUAGAGACUAAAGUCGAGACACUCCCAGGCAUGUUUAUCCACUUUUCUCGCUACUCUGGACCUCCAUAA